CUUUUACUGUUGAUAACUAUCUUUCAUUGAUCAUUAUUUCAUUCCUGCGAGAGAGGGAAAAAGUAGUGUUACAUAAAAAAAUGGGUUUAGGGAAGAGAGUGUACGGUUUGUGUAUUGUAUCUUUGGUACUUAUGGCUGUUGUAACGAUGGCCACCAUCGAAGAAGAAGCGGCUAAGGAUGAAUCAUGGACUGAUUGGGCCAAGGAGAAGAUCGGUCUGAAACAUGAAGAGCACAACGUCCCGACCACUCACACCACCACAACAGUCCAAGACAACGUUUAUGGAGCCACUGAUAAGGCCAAGGACGCUAAGGAAGCAGCCAGACGCAAAGCAGAGGAAGCCGUUGGAACCACUAAGGAGAAAGCAGAGGGGGCUUACGAGACGGCAAAAUCAAAAGCCGGAGAGACCAUUGGUUCCGUGAAAGACAAGGCAUCGCAGAGCUACGAUUCAGCCGGUCAAGUUAAAGAUGACUUGACUCACAAGUCAAAGCAAGUUAAAGACAGUCUGUCCGGGGAUAACAGCGAUGAGUCAUGGACCGAUUGGGCUAAAGAGAAAGUCGGAAUCAAGCAUGGAGAUGACGAAAGCUACCCUAACGUGGGGGACACGGUGUCGGAGAAGGCCAAAGAAGCUAAAGACGCAGCCAAACGCAAAGCGGGAGACGCUAAGGUGAGGUUGGAAGAAACGGUUGAGGCGGCUAAGGAGAAAGCGAGCGAUCUGACGAGUGCGGCUAAGGAGAAGGCGGAGAGGUUGAAGGAGGAAGCGGAGAGAGAGAGAAAGAGUGCGAAGGACAAGAGUAAAGAAAGCUACGAGACUGCUAAAUCUAAAGCCGAUGAGACUUUGGAGUCUGCUAAAGAUAAAGCGUCUCAAAGCUACGACUCAGCUGCAAAGAAAACAGAGCAAGCAAAAGAUAGCGUGUCGCAGAAGUCAAAGAAAGUUAAGGAUACCUUGAACGAUGAUGAUGCUGAGCUCUAAAAUGUGGGAGAAAAUAAUGUCCAGAGAGGAGUUAUUACAGCUUUUUAAGAUGCAUGAUGUUGUUUUUGUUGUUGAUCUUUAAAUAUGUGUGUUGUGUCUGAAUCUUUUGUUUAUGUUUUUUUUUUCCUUCCCUUUUGGUUUCAUCAUGUAUGUUUGAUCUCAUUUGGGUACAGACAUGCAUAUAUGAUAUAUAGCACGU